AUGUCCUCAAAUAUUGCUGCAGUUUUGCAUAAAACAAACGACUUAAGAAUUGAAGAAGUUCCAAUUCCAACUCCUAAACCAAAUCAAGUUCAGAUCAAAGUUCAUACUGUAGGUAUUUGUGGAAGUGAUGUUCAUUAUUGGACUCACGGAGAGAUCGGACCAUUUGUUGUGAAGAAACCAAUGAUUGUUGGACAUGAAACAUCGGGAACAGUUUCACAAGUUGGUUCAGAAGUAACACAUUUAAAAGUGGGAGAUCGUGUUGCAUUAGAGCCAGGGCUUCCAUGUAAAGAUUGUGAUAUUUGUAAAAAUGGUAGAUAUAAUUUAUGCACAAAGAUGAGAUUCUUCGCAACUCCGCCAAUCGAUGGAACAUUGGCAAGAUAUAUAGUUCAUGAUGCUGAUUUCUGUUUCAAACUUCCUGAAAAUGUUAGUUUUGAAGAGGGCGCAUUGAUUGAACCAUUAUCUGUAGCAAUUCAUGCGUCUAAACGUGGAGAUGUUAAAAUGGGAGAUCGCAUUCUGAUUUGUGGAGCUGGACCAAUCGGAAUUUUGAAUGUUUUGGCUGCUCAAGCGGCUGGAGCUAUUUCAAUCGCUAUAACUGAUAUUGAUGACUCAAGAUUGGCACUCGCAAAAAAAGUUGGAGCUGGAACAACAAUCAAUGUCAGGUAUGAGCUUUAUGUAUUUUUUGUUAGAAAAAUGAAUAUUUUUUCCAGAAACAAAACUUCUUUGGAAAUAAAAUCUGAAGUUGUCAAAGGACUUGGAGGCGAACCAAAUGUUUCAAUUGAAUGUACAGGUGUUCAAACAAGUAUUGCAACAGCAAUCGAGGUUUCACCAUUUUAAAUACAUAGACAUUCAUCAAAAUUAAUUUUUCAGACAACAAAAUCUGGUGGUACUGUAGUCCUCAUCGGCCUCGGUGAAAGUGUGAUCCAAUUUCCGAUUGUCGAAGCAGCAACAAGAGAAGUUGAUAUUCGCGGAAUUUUCCGAUAUGUUAAUACAUAUCCAAAAGCUCUGGAACUCGUUAGUUCUGGAAAAAUCAAUCUAUCUUGUAUCACAAGAGCACAUUAUAA